UCAUGCUGAUUGGCUCCCCCAAAUGACCACAGUGAUUGGGUCUUGGCUGAAAGUAGGUAAUCCUUGAAAUCUCUUGCUGCCUCCAAAUUCUGUGACUCAGAGACUAGAUGCUAGCUCGGCCUCUAAUUUUAAAAUGUAACUGCAAAGCUUGAGUGUACAGUGUUCACAGGGUUAGGGCUGAUGGAUCCAAGCACAUGGUAUGGCAGUGAGUGAAGUAAUGCAUAGCCCUUGUUCGUAGAGAACCCAUGGCUCUUGGAGAGUCAGGCUGCAUUGAGCUAACACUGUCCAGGACCCAAGAAAGAUGGCAAGGGGCUGGAAAUUUUUUCCACUUCUAGAAACACCUGUCUGCAGAAUGCUAGUGUAUGCCUGGUGGCUGGGCGUCAAGAUGGGGGUGUCUUGCUCAGAGGUCUAGGGGAACCUGGAGAACUCUACCAGGGGAAGUUUUAGGUGAAUGUGCUGGGGGCUUAUCAGAAGUGUAUUGUGGUUUGUGCAUGGCCGGUGUAUCCUUUGCUGUUCUUGAGAACAGACAGACACUGGAGCAGGCCCAGCCCUCUGUCAGCUCCCCAGCUGCCCUCCACCUGCAUCCUCUCCCUGCUCGUCCCUUGAUCCUGUUACCUGUCCCCUCCUGUGGUGUAGUCGUAUUAAGUAGUGCGUUGGCUGCUUCUGCAUUUACACCUUGCUUGUCAUUGUUCCCUAAGUUUGGUGGCUAGAGGGUUGAGCGUAAUUCUGUUGGUAGCUAUUAAAGUGAAAUUCCACAAGGUGUCCUGAUGUUUCUGCUGCAGGUUUGUCUCUUUAAGGUAAAUUUUCGGGCUUCUUGGAUUGGAGCCCUCUCACUGUUGGGUGGGGGAACAGUGAGAAAGAUAUAUAGGAUUCUGUUUAGUUAAAAUCAUCAGAAUGACUUUUUUUCCUUCUGUUUCAGGUUUAGUUGUCAUCUUUGAUGUUCGUACAUUGUGGCCGAGUUUCUAUAGUUUAGCAAAAAGCCAUGUAGACUGUUUUCCUGUGACGACCACUUUUGAGGUGUUGGACUUCUGUGCUAGAAGUGUCUGUGUGUUGUGGCAACAAUGGAGGUGUUCCGGGAGCUCCAGAAGGCAACAGCACGUUGGGAGUGCGACCACUGCAAUUUCAGAGGGACUGACUAUGAGAACGUACAGAUCCACAUGGGCACUGUCCACCCGGAGUUCUGUGAUGAGAUGGACACUGGUGGAUUAGGUAAAAUGAUCUUCUACCAGAAGAGCGCCAAGCUGUUCCACUGCCACAAAUGCUUCUUCACUAGCAAGAUGUACUCCAACGUGUACCAUCACAUCACAUCCAAACAUGCAGCCCCAGAGCGUUGGGGUGACAAACCCAAACACGAGCUGCAUGCAGACGUAGACCCUGUGAAAAGCCCCCCUCUGUCUGAGCACCAGAAGACGUCCUCUCAUUCUGCAGAGCUGAAGUCGGCACCUUCCCUCUCCCUCGAACCACCGACACUGGGUCCAAACUUGUCACCAGAGUCACCAAAGUCUCCCCUGGAGCCUCCAAAGCCUGGGCCUGGCGUUUCUUCUGACUCACAGACGCCUCUGCCCUCCCCUGUGUCUUCUCCUGAACUGCCAAGGCCUGGCCCUGCACCUUCCCCAGAGCCACAGAGGCUUGGCCCAGUCUCCCCAGAGCUCGUCAAAUCUCCUCUCGUUAAUCCCAAAGCCCAGAAGCAUUCACACUUCCCAGAAACAUUGGGGCCACCGCCAGCCUUAUCACCUGGAUCUCCUGUUCUGAAUGCCUCUCCUGAGCCUUGGGGCCCUUCCCCAACUGCCUCGCCUGAGUCUCGAAAGCCAGCCCAGGCUGCUUCUCCCGAGCCCAGGAAGCCAUCCCCAUCUGAGUCUCCAGAACCUUGGAAGCCAUUCCCUGCUGUCUCCCCAGAGCCCAGGAGGCCAACCCCAGCAGUGUCACCAGGCUCCUGGAAGCCAGGGCCUCCUGGGUCCCCUAGGCCUUGGAAGUCCAGCCCCUCUGCCACAUCUGGGCCUUGGAAGCCAGCAAAGCCUGCACCAUCUGUGUCUCCUGGACCUUGGAGACCAAUCCCUUCUGUCUCACCUGGACCCUGGAAGCCAACUCCAUCUGCAACCCCGGCCACUUGGAAGUCCUCUGGGUCCUGGAAAACGCCCCCCACAUCUCCCGAGUCAUGGAAGUCUGGCCCACCAGAGCUCCGAAAGACAGCCCCUACCCUGUCACCCGAACCCUGGAAGGCAGUUCCCGCAGUGUCUCCUGAGCUUUGCAAAGCAGGCCCACCACCGUCUCCUGAGAUCCGCAGUCCGGCAGCAUCGCCAGAGCUCAGGAAACGGUCAGGGUCUCCAGAUCUGUGGAAGCUUUCUCCUGAGCAGCGGAAAACUUCUCCUGGUUCACUGGAUUUUCCUGAGUCCCAGAAGAGUUCCCGUGGUGGUUCUCCUGAUGUGUGGAAGUCUUCCUUCUUUAUUGAACCUCAGAAACCCGUCUUCCCUGAUACCAGAAAGCCUGGUCCUCCUGGCCCGUCUGAGUCCCCUAAAACAGCCUCGGAUAUCUGGAAGCCCAUCCUGUCCAUUGAUACUGAGCCCAGGAAGCCUCCUCUGUUUGCCGAGUCCACCAAGACGGCGCCUCCGGCUUCUCCUGAGCUGCGGAAACGGGCGCUUUUCCCAGAGCCCUGGAAGCAUAGUCUGUUCCCUGAACUUCCCCGCUCAGCCCUGUUCUCAGAGUCUCAGAAGGCAGCUGAGCUGAGUGGUGAGCUGCAGGUAGAUGCCAUCAGUGAGCAAGAAGAACUUGUAGCUACUCCUAAGAAGCUCUUGGAAGAUACUUUGUUCCCAUCUUCCAAGAAGCUCAAGAAAGACAACCAGGACAGCUCGGAUGCGGAGCUCAGUAGUAGUGAGUACAUAAAGACAGAUCUGGAUGCAUUGGACAUCAAGGGGCAGGAGUCGAGCAGUGACCAGGAACAGGUGGAUGUGGAAUCUGUGGAUUUUAGCAAAGAUAGCAAAAUGGACCUGACUAGUCCAGAACAGUCCAAAAAUGUACCACAAUUUACUGAAGAAAAAGAGGCUUUUAUCUCUGAAGAAGAGAUUGCAAAAUAUAUGAAGCGUGGAAAAGGAAAGUAUUACUGCAAAAUUUGCUGCUGCCGUGCUAUGAAGAAAGGUGCUGUUUUGCACCAUUUGGUUAAUAAACACAAUGUCCACAGCCCUUACAAAUGCACAAUUUGUGGAAAGGCUUUUCUUUUGGAAUCUCUCCUUAAAAAUCAUGUAGCAGCCCAUGGGCAAAGUUUACUUAAAUGUCCACGUUGUAAUUUUGAAUCGAAUUUCCCAAGAGGCUUCAAGAAACAUCUGACUCAUUGCCAAAGCCGGCAUAAUGAAGAAGCCAAUAAGAAGCUCAUGGAAGCUCUGGAGCCGUCUGUGGAAGAACAACAGAUCUGACUCCCAUGGGAACGUUUGCUCCACAGACCUGCUGUCAGAGCUGUUCUUCAAAAUUGUAGCUUGUUGGGUAGUUAGGUGGAUUGGUAGUUGUACAAGUGUGUGGUAUGCUGUAUUAAUGGUCCAAGUAGUGUUACAAAGAGUAAGCAUUUGAUUGUUUUUAUAUGCAUAUACAUACAUCUAUACAUAUAUAUAUAGUCUGGUUAUGUGGCUAUCUUGUAAAUCAGCACAUUUCUACCAUGUCUCAUAGAUAAAAUUCAUUUCUCAAGUGUAUUUGAAUGACAGGUUGGGUAGGCAUUCCAUUUAGUAACCAAGAGCAAGCAGUGCUCCAGACCUCUAGUUAAAUUGGUGUAUCAUUGUGUGUCUGUGGAAGUGAUUUCAGAAAGCUGAAAGAAAGCUGAUCUGAUUCAGAAAGCUGAUCUGCUGGGAUGGUUAAGAAUCAGGCAUGAAACAAACUUGAGGAAAAUGUUCCCAUACAUGUAUUUU